GAGGCUGUGUAGUCUACAUGGGGAUAGAGAAGACAGGGGAAAGGCGAGACCGUAGGAUUCCAGAAUCCGGACUGACUGAUCGUUAACAAUACAGGUACGUUCCACUGUUAUGUUAUACAUAACGCAAUAAUAACAUUACAUUAAAAAAAAAAAAAAAAUCAAUUGGAAUAAUUUAGAAUAUUGUUUUGUGUUAAAUUAUAUUGUCAUUUUUAUCAUUUGAAUUGAGAUGGUGUUAUUUUUAAGUGUUUACGUGGUAUUUUAGUGCAAUUAUAGUUUAAAUGUGUUUAGAUGUUAUUCAUCUUGCAGUCAAAUAGUGUUUGAUAAUUUUCCUCCCUAUAAUGUGUGAUUUGUUGUGUUAUUGACAGAAAUCUGCCCAAAAUGUUCUUGAUCUAUUUUAUUAUCGUUUACACGGUCAUUUACCAUAAAGAAAAUUUACAUUUGUCACUGUUGUUUCGUUGACUCUGUGUUUUUUCCAGAUUUUUAAAGUAACCAAAAGUUAUUAAACUGUAAUUUUCUGAGGCUUGUAUUCCUCAAACGCAUCGCUGCUGUGUGACACUGAAUAUGGCUGGCUAUAUCCUGUCUACGAAUAACACUGUCCUUAUGUUGCGAACCAAUUUCGAUAUCAUCUACAUAAAUACUCGUACAUUUUCAGAGUAAACGUUCGUUUUCCGGCCAACUUUAUUAUCUCUAUUCAACCAUGUAAAGAUAAUGUUAAUGUCAUCGUCGAAAAUGGUUUUUGAGAUUUGUAUCGCUCGUAGUCAAAUGAUCGCUCUCACCAUGUAGUAAAAUGGCUGGCGAUUUAAACCAUUGAAGAGAGGCAGUUCUAACACGGAGAAGGGACGGGGAUUUUCUUUAGAAAAAAACAAUUUCCUAUGGACGAAAAAUACCGCUAUUUAUCGUUUUCCAUUCAAAAUGUUUAUCUCUAACUUUCUGCAUUAAAGGAUUUUUAUUUCCCCCCGUUUUUAUUCCUUUUCGCAACUUCUCGCUUGCACCAGGAUGACUCACAUAAGAAAUGGCUGGCGCACUGUCUUUGUUAACGGAUAGCAAUGCACCAAGCGACCGUCAGGGGUAUAACUUCGGAAAACAGUGAAAUGUCACGAAAUACGCAUUGCCAGUUUUAAUGUUUUAACCUCAAUAAAAAUAACGGUCUUUGUUUUAUCUGACGAGGUUAUUUUGUUUUUAAUUAACGGUCAGAUUUAGUCGUUAUAGCCCUUGGAACCGGAGGGGGUGUGAAUCGCUUUGUUACAUAGUCAACCCCAUAAGCCUUCCCCUCGCUAGCUCUACAGAAGCCAUUUUAUUCAAUGGGAGCUCCAGCGAAGAACAGCAAGCUCUCUUCGCCUGUAUAGCAGCUAGUACUACCCAAUACUAGGCGCUAUGAACUGGGACUGAAAGCGACCGAACGGAGCAACGAAUUAAAACCAGAAAAGUAAUACAUUUUUUGGCAAAGUAAGAUCGAAAUAGGCAAGAAGGUGGAAAAUAAACAGGAGUUUCUCUCAUGAGAACAAAUUUCACAAAAUGGUAGAUGAAUAAUUCGCGUUGAUGACCUCUGUUUUUCUCUGUCUGUGUAGUUGAAGCUUCUCAUUCUAUCGCAACAUUGUAACCAGAGUUGGAGCGCUCGCUAUGCUAUAGCUUGUAUGAAGAGAGUAGAGUUCGCGUUGCGUUGGAUGCAGUGAAGUAAAGUUUAGGGAGCUGAAAAAUAUGAAAAUAAAAGCCAGAAAAAUGGCUAAUGACAAGGUGGGCGGUGGCGAGAGGAGAAUAUGGCGGGGCUUCCUUAUUAGAUUGAGAUUUAAUGUAAGGUAUUUUGUAAAAAUGCAAAAAUCCUUUUUAGAUUAGAAUUCUUUUUUUUUCUUUCAAUAUGGAAUUUAUAUCAGAGUAUGAAUUCACAUUCCUAACAAUGACAUCAUAUUUCUCAAAUAGCCUAGUUAAAUAAUUGUACGUUUUUUUGAGAAAUUAAAAGAAAAACCUUACACUUUAAAUAAUGCAAUCGUAUUACAUUGUAAUUACAUAGUACAUACAUUGUACAACAUAAUAACAAAUCAAAAACAGACAUCACAACAGCACACAGACUCAUUGACACAUUUUCUUAAAUCCAUAUAAUUUCCUUCAUUCCACAUUGUCCUUAAUUCCAAGACUGCUUGAGCAAUUUCUUCUCCAGUGUCACACUCACAGAAUGCUAAUUCAUUCCAACCAAUUCUAAUUCUAGAGCUAAUUGGAAUUCAUUCAGAUUUUAUAACUCAUUCUAAUUCUAGAACAGAUUCUUAUUCUAGAAUUCAUACUUAUUCUAGAACUUGUUCUUAUUCUAGAACUCAUUCUAAAUUCAAAUUCACUGGUUCCCUUCUAUGGUUCCACCAUACUGUGAAGUUGACUGUCACUUGGUGGUCAAUGAUGUUAAAUUAAUGUAAUGGAUGUUGGGUAAUCAAAUUAUGUCUGAAUUAAUUUGACAAUAAAGAUCACAGUUAGUCUCCAACAUGAAUUGUGUCUGACUUUCUGCUAUUUUUAGUUUAUUCAUUUUUUAGAAACCAAUAUAGAGACUUUAACAAAUGUUAUCAAACCUUUAUUGAAAUAAUCAUAAAAAAUGAAAAUGCCAUGAACAGAAAUAUGUGAAUUGUUGGUCCCAUGUUUUAUGAGUGGAAAUAAAAUAUUUGUAAAAAGAUCCACAUGUACAAAAGCUUAUUUCUCUCAAAUUCUGCGCACAAAUAUGUUGACAUCCCUGUUAGUAAGCAUUUCUCCUUUGCCAAGAUAAUCCAUCUACCUGACAGGUGUGGCAUAUCAAGAAGCUGAUUAAACAGCAGGAUCAUUACAUAGGUGCACCUUGUGCUGGGGACAAUAAAAGGCCACUCUAAAAUGUGCAGUUUUGUCACCAACACAAUGCCACAGAUGUCUCAAGUUUUGAGGGAGCGUGCAAUUGGCAUGCUGACUGCAGGGAUGUCCACCAGAGCUGUUGCCAGAUAAUUGAAUGUUCCUUUCUCUACCUUAAGCUGCAUCCAACACUGUUUUAGAGAAUUUGGCAGUAUGUCCAACCGGCCUCACAACCGCAGACCACAUGUAUGGCGUAGUGUGGGCGAGCAUUUUGCUGAUGUCAACGUUGUGAACAGAGUGCCCCAUGGUGGUGGCGGGGUUAUGGUAUGGGCAGGCAUAAGGUACGGACAACAAACACAAUUGCAUUUUAUCGGUGGCAAUUUGAAUGCACAGAGAUACCGUGACAAGAUCCUGAGGCUCAUUGUCGUGCCAUUCCUCCGCCGCCUUCACCUCAUGUUUCAGCAUGAUAAUGCACUGCCCCAUGUGUGGGUUCGAUAAAAUAAUGUAUGUGCUAACUGUAAGUCGCUCUGGAUAAGAGCGUCUGCUAAAUGACUAAAAUGUAAAUGUAUGUCGCAAGGAUCUGUACACAAUUUCUGGAAGCUGAAAAUGUCCCCGUUCUUCCAUGGCCUCCAUACUCACCAGACAAAUGGUGGUCACACCGGAUACUGAGUGGUUUUCUGAUCCAUGCCCCUACCUUUUUUUAAAGGUAUCUGUGACCAACAGAUGCAUAUCUGUAUUCCCAGUCAUGUGAAAUAGAUUAAGGCCUAAUUUAUUUAUUUCAAUUGACUGAUUUCCUUAUAUGAACUGUUGCAUUUAUAUUUUUGUUCAGUAUACUUUGGCAGUUGCAUCAUCUGAUAAAAAAACGAUUUCUUCACUUUCUCAGCAUAAAUCGAACCACACCAUUGAAUGAACCGAUUUCCAUCUUCUCUCCACUCUCCCCUCUCCAGAUACUGACCUAACCAACCACCUGACCAAUUAACCAAUAAACGAGUUCCACAACGCUGCUAGGCCCCGCCCAGUGACCAGGAUGGCUAAAGGCACCCCCGGGAAGCCCAAAGGCAAGAUGUCUGCCUACGCCUACUUCGUUCAGACCUGCCGGGAGGAGCACAAGAAGAAGAGUCCAGAGAUACCUGUCAACUUUGCUGAGUUCUCCAAGAAGUGCUCCGGACGAUGGAAGGUGAGGAUAGAAUAUAUUAUAAUAAAAUAUAAUAGAUCUUUGAUUGAUGGUGGGUAGGUGGAUGGUUGAUUGAUUUAUUGAUUGGUGGGUGGGUGGAUUGAUGGGUAGAUAGAUGAUUGGUUGAUUGAUUGAUUGUUUGAUUGGUAAUUGAUAAACGAUGAUGACAUUUAUUUUUCUUCAAGAGGAAAUUAUUUUCACAUGAUGAUGACAAGAUGAGUUUACAUCUCUAAUUACUACAUAGUGCACUGCACACAUCUGGUUAUUGGGACGGAGCUAAAUUAAAUUAAAUGAAUAUUUUGUUCCCAUAAAGGACACGUUUGACAAACCAGCUGGUAGACUACAAGCUGGUUGGUACUGUACAAGUCAAGAACGGCAAGUUAUUUGAUAACAAAGGAGCAGUUACAUAUUCCACACACUGUGGAAUACAAGACCACACAUGUACUCAAUGAUGUCAUGCUGACUUAGCAUGCAAUGUAAAUAAUUUAAAAACAUUUUGCAACAGAAAACACAAAAAUACUUGUUUCUUAUAUUGAAGGACAAGUCCAGGUAGCCCCUCAAGGGUGCAGAGUUAAAUGUAUUUGUCAUGUAUAAAAAAUACAAUGAAAACGCUCAUUCACAACACAAGCGACCUUGCAUAAGACCUUUUUUCGUUUGGUGCUUAAUGAACACAACCCAUGUGUCCGUCUAUUGGUGGGUAUGUUUUAAGUGGUAUAAAUGUUGUGAUUUUUGCAGACGAUGUCUGGUAAGGAGAAGGGGAAGUUUGAGGACAUGGCGAAGCAGGAUAAGGUGCGCUAUGACAACGAGAUGAUGCACUUUGCCCCUGGCGGCAAGAAGGGAAGGAAGAAGGACCCCAAUGCACCAAAGAGGCCCCCGUAUGUACCACCCACACACAAAUACACACACACAUUCAGUAUUCUUACCCCUUGACUUAUUCCACAUUUUGUUGUGUUACAGCCUGAAUUCAAAAUUGAUUAAAUAUACACUACCGUUCAAAAGUUUGGGGUCACUUAGAAAUGUCCUUGUUUUCAAAAGAAAAGCAAUUUUUUGUCUAUUAAAAUAACAUCAAAUUGAUCAGAAAUACAGUGUAGACAUUGUUAAUGUUGUAAAUGGCUAUUGGAGCUGGAAACGGCUGAUUUUUAAUGGAAUAUCUACAUAGGCGUACAGAGGCCCAUUAUCAGGAACCAUCAGUCCUGUGUUCCAAUGGCACGUUGUGUUUGCUAAUCCAAGUUUAUCAUUUUAAAAGGCUAAUUGAUCAUUAGAAAACCCUUUUGCAAUUAUGUUAGCACAGCUGAAAACUGUUGUGCUUAUUAAAGAUGCAAUAAAACUGGCCUUCUUGAGACUAGUUGAGUAUCUGGAGCAUCAGCAAUUGUGGGUUCGAAUACAGGCUCAAAAUGGCCAGAAACAAAUAACUUUCUUCUGAAACUCGUCAGUCUAUUCUUGUUCUGAGAAAUUAAGGUUAUUCCAUGCGAGAAAUUGCCAAGAAACUGAAGAUCUCGUACAACGCUGUGUACUACUCCCUUCACAGAACAGCGCAAACUGGCUCUAACCAGAAUAGAAAGAGGAGUGGUUGGCCCCGGUGCACAACUGAGCAAGAGGUCAAAUACAUUAGAGUGUCUAGUUUGAGAAACAGACGCCUCACAGGUCCUCAACAGGCAGCUUCAUUAAAUAGUACCUGCAAAACACCAGUCUCAACGUCAACAGUGAAGAGGCGACUCCGGGAUGCUGACCUUCUAGGCAGAGUUGCAAAGAAAAAGCCAUAUCUCAGACUGGCCAUUAAAAAUAAAAGAUUAAGAUGGGCAGUCUGAGAUAUUUUUUCCAAUGGCACGUUUUGCGGGUACUAUUUAAUGAAGCUGCCAGUUGAGGACCUGUGAGGCCUUUUAAAAUAAUAAACUUGGAACGUCUCCUGAGUGGCGCAGUGGUCUAAGGCACUGCAUCACAGUUCUAACUGUGCCACUAGAUCCUGGUUCGAAUCCAGGCUCUGUCGCAGCCGGCCGUGACCGGGAGACUCAUGGGCGGCGCACAAUUGGCCCAGCGUCGUCCAGGGUAGGGGAGGGAAUGGCCGGCAGGGAUGUAGCUCAGUUGAUAGAGCAUGGCGUUUGCAACGCCAGGGUUGUGGGUUCGCUUCCCACGGGGGGCCAGUAUAAAAAAAUAUAUAUAUGUAGUCGCUCUGGAUAAGAGCGUCUGCUAAAUGACUAAAAUGUAAAUGUAAAAUGUAAUUAGCAAACACAACGUGCCAUUGGAACACAGGACUGAUGGUUGCUGAUAAUGGGCCUCUGUACGCCUAUGUAGAUAUUCCAUAAAAAAUCAGCAGUUUCCAGCUACAAUAGCCAUUUACAACAUUAACAAUGUCUACACUGUAUUUUUGAUCAAUUUGAUGUUAUUUCAAUGGACCAAAAAAUUGCUUUUCUUUCGAAAACAAGGACAUUUCUAAGUGACCUUAAACAUUUGAACGGUAGGGUAUAUAUAUUUUCUCACGCAUCUACACACAAUACCCCAUAAUGACAAAGUGAAACCAUGUUUUUAGAAAUAUUUGAAAAUGUAUUGCAAAUGAAAUACAGAAAUAUUGCAUUUACAUAAGUAUUCACGACCCGGAGUCAAUACAUGUUAGAAUCACCUUUGGCAGUGAUUUCUGGGUAAGUUUCUAAGAGCUUUGUACACCUGGAUUGUAUAGUAUUUGCACAUUAUUCUUAAAGAAAUUCUUCAAGCUCUGUCAAGUUGGUUGUUGAUCAUUGCUAGACAGGCGUUUUCAAUUCUUGACAUAUAUUUUCUGUAACUAGGCCACUCAGGAACAUGAAAUGUCGUCUUGGUAAGCAACUCCAGUGUAUAUUUGGCCUUGUGUUUUAGGUUAUUGUCCUGCUGAAAGCUGAAUUUGUCUCCCAGUAUGUGAUGGGUGCUUGGCUCUAUUCUGUUUCUUUUUAUCCUACAAAGUUAGGAAUGACGCCUGUAUCUUUGUAGUGACUGGGUGUAUUGAUACACCAUCCAAAGUGUAAUUAAUAACUUCACCAUGCUCAAAGGGUACAUUUUUACCCAUGUACCAAUAGGUGCCCUUUGCGAGGCAUUAUACAAUUUCCCUGGUAUUUGUGGUUGAAUCUGUGUUGAAAAUUCACUGCUCGACUGAGGGACCUUACACAUAAUUGUAUGUGUGGGGUACAGAGAUGUGGUAGUCAUUCAAAAAUCAUGUUAAACACUAUUAUUGCACACAGAGUGAGUCCAUGCAACUUAUUAUGUGAAGGUAAUUUUUUGUUAUUAUUCCACUUUGACAUUAUGUGUUAUUGUGUGUAGGCCAGAGACAUUUCAGCUUUUCAUUUUUUAUGAAUCUGUUAAAAUGUCUAAAAACAUAAUUCAACUUAGUCAUUAUGGGGUAUUGUAGGCCAGUGACACAAUCUCAAUUUAAUAAAUUUUUAAUUUCAGGCUGUAACACAACAAAAUGUGGAAAAAGUCAAGGGGUGUGAAUACUUUCUGAAGGCAUUGUAUACGACUGGACGGACAGACAGACGGGCGGACAGACAGACAAACACACAAACACACAACACACUACUUUGCUCAUGUUUUGUUUUUGGUAACUAUAUAAAUACUCACACAAGACGUCACAUCACCCAAAAUGACAAAAGAAAAAUCAUAAUAAUCAAUCAAAUAAUAAUGUACCUUUUUUCAUCUUUUCUCCCUAGAUCUGGUUUCUUCAUCUUCUGUGCGGACCACCGGCCCAAGAUCAAGGCUCAGCACCCCAGCCUGGGGAUAGGGGACGUGGCCAAGAAACUGGGCGAGCAGUGGAACAACCUUACUGAUGCCACUAAACAGCCCUACCUGAUCAAGGCCAACAAACUCAAAGACAAGUACCAGAAGGUAGAAGAACACCUGUGUAUUAGUUAAUUUAGGAAAAGCUGCUCUUCCUUUGGGGUCCACACAAAAUACAAUACUAAGCAAAUAAACCACACACCUACAGAACCAAGAUGCUAUAUCUUUCUAUGGAAUAAUCUCAAAAGGAGAUAAGGGGAGGAAGCCACCUUAGACUUUAGAGAUGCAUCCGUAUCGCUUGUAAAUCUAAUUCAGUAUUAUUCUGUGUCUGAUAACACAUGAUAAGAUAGUAAUAUAAUAUGAUACUGAUAAUAACACAUUUGACUCCCUCCCUCCUCUCUGUCUCUCUCUCUCUCUCUCCCUCUCUCCCUCUCUCCAGGACGUUGCUGACUAUAAGUCCGGUAAGGGGAAGGUGGGUGCUCCGAGCAUGGUGAUGGCCCCUAAACCCACGAUGAAGAGUAAUAUGGAUGACGAUGAUGAUGAUGACGAUGAGGAAGAUGAGGAGGAGGAGGAGGAGGAGGAUGAGGAGGAGGAUGACGAGUAG